AUGGGGACCGCAAACGGUGAGAAGAUCGAGUUGGAAGACGACGUCAAUUCCCCCAGUCCCGACCGCAGCGAGAGCUCCAAAAGAUCCAGCUCUGAAUCCACACUUGCACCCUCAGAAGGCGGCCUGCUCAAGGAGGAGCGCGACAUCGAAGCCCAGUCACCUGCGCCCGCCGAACACUACGUCUCAACGAGAGCGAAGUUAUCUUUCCUGGCCGCUUAUUUCUUUCUCAACCUGUUCCUCACCCUCUCCAACAAAUCUGUCCUCGGAAAGGCCAAAUUGCCAUGGCUGCUCACGGCAUGUCACGCCUCAGCGACGAGCAUAGGAUGUUUCGCCAUGUUGGGCUUCGGCGCCAUCAAGCUCACCCAACUUGGAACGCGAGAAAACCUGGUUCUGGUGGCCUUUUCCUUCCUCUUCACCAUCAACAUCGCCGUUUCGAACGUGUCCCUAGCCAUGGUGUCCGUCCCAUUCCACCAGAUUAUGCGAUCCACCUGCCCCGUGGUCACGAUUCUUAUCUACCGAUUUGUAUACGGACGGACAUACUCCACCCCAACCUACCUGACCAUGAUUCCCUUGAUCUUUGGAGUUGCCCUCUCGACAGCUGGCGACUACUACUUCACCCUUAUUGGCUUUACUAUGACUCUCCUUGGUGUUAUUCUGGCAUCGGUCAAGACGGUGGCUACGAACCGCCUCAUGACCGGGACAUUGAAGCUUUCCGCAUUGGAGGUCCUCCUGCGAAUGUCACCCCUUGCUGCGAUACAAUGCGUGGCAUACGCUGUGAUUAGUGGGGAAGCAGAUCAAUUCCGAACCUCCUACGCCAAUGGCGAAUUCUCCAACACCCUCGGUGCCGCGCUGCUGGUCAACGCCAUCACCGCCUUCCUGCUCAACAUUGUCGGAUUCCAAGCCAACAAAAUGGCUGGAGCACUCACGAUCACCGUUUGCGGAAAUGUCAAGCAAGCCCUGACAAUCCUCUUCGGAAUCGUCCUCUUCCACGUCGAAGUCGGCAUCACGAACGCAGUGGGAAUGCUCAUAACGAUUGCUGGCGCGGUCUGGUACAGCAAAGUGGAACUGGACAACAAACGUGCCGCUCGGCCUCGGUCUUGA